CGAUGCGUGACCCGGAAGUAGUGUCGUCGGCACCAAACAAGCAGUGAUGUGUUAGCAAACUCUGGCAUUUCCAGCGUUGUUUCGGACAGAUGCGGCGGCUGCGGAGCCACUGUAUUACACCAAGAAACGAUGCGGGGAAUCGGUGAUGUUCCCGUGAAGGUUAACGCACCGCUCCUCCUCGGCUGUGAUUUGUAAGAGCGCGACAACGACCAAAGCUAGUUAGCUUAGCUCGGCUAGCCAGGCCGGAGGCUGAAUCUUCCCCGUUGAGGAACGUGGAUGCUAGCUUAACCAGCUGAGUUGGUACCGGGUUGCAUAACAAACACUGCUAACUGUCGUGGCAUGUAGUUUUUUAGCGACGUGCAUCACGAGCAGCACAACAAGUCCGCGUUCAAACUUUUAGCUUGAUUUCAUGGUUUAGCUCAGCGACAAGAAAACUGCAAUUAUGGACGAUUUCAGCUCCAUCAGCCUGCUGUCCCUCUCGAUGUUGGUGGGAUGUUACGUCGCUGGGACGAUACCUUUGGCAGUCAACUUUUCAGAGGAGAGACUGAAGCUGGUCACGGUGCUGGGAGCCGGGCUCCUGUGUGGGACAGCACUGGCUGUAAUCAUUCCUGAAGGAGUCCAUGCACUGUAUGAAGAAAUCCUGGAGGCUGGACACCACAGCCACGGGCAGGCGGGGGUGGUGGAGGUGUCGGAGACGAAGGGCGAGGCGGACACGGCCCUGAGCGGCAGCGGGGAACACGGCCACAGCCACGAGCAGCUACACGCCUACAUCGGAGUGUCCCUGGUCCUGGGUUUCGUCUUCAUGCUGCUUGUGGACCAGAUAGGCAGCUCCCAUGUGCACAGCAGCGACGAUCCAGAGUCUGCUAGGAUUGCCUCCUCGAAAAUCACCACCACUUUGGGUCUUGUGGUCCAUGCUGCAGCUGAUGGAGUGGCGCUCGGAGCGGCUGCCUCCACGUCCCAGACCAGCGUCCAGCUCAUCGUCUUUGUGGCCAUCAUGCUGCAUAAGGCGCCAGCAGCAUUUGGUCUGGUGUCUUUCCUGAUGCAUGCUGGGUUGGAGAGAAACCGUAUCCGCAAACACCUCCUGGUCUUUGCCCUGGCAGCACCUGUCCUCGCCAUGCUUACCUUUUUAGGCCUCAGCCAGAGCAGCAAGGAGGCUCUGUCAGACGUCAACGCCACCGGUGUGGCCAUGCUGUUCUCGGCCGGGACCUUCCUGUACGUGGCCACCGUCCACGUCCUGCCUGAGGUCGGGGGCACCGGGCACAGCCACGCCGCCGCAGGAGGAAACGGAGGGAAGGGACUGACCAAGGUGGAGGUGGGCGCUCUGGUGCUGGGCUGCCUCAUCCCUCUGGUUCUGUCUGUCGGUCAUCACCAUUAGGCUCGGAGCGGCCGACCGGAGGCUCGCAGGGAGCACGCAGCCGAGCGGAGACCUCAACCAUCCCGGAUCUAAAUGUCUUACUAGUCGCUGUCUGCUGCCGGACCGCUCAGACCAAGCUUGCCGUUGUCGUGGGUGACAUCUUGUGCCUCCGAGCUGAACUUAACACAGAAAACGAACAGGGAUGACGAGGAAGUCAUAAAUCAGUCACUUUAGCAACAACCAACAUGCGCACAGGCGUGUUUCGUGCUGCUGACUCUGCUGAUGAGACUGUAUACAGCUAUGUACAUCCAUGUUUUUCACCAGAGAUGUUGAUCUUUUAUUCCUCCCCCCUCUCUCUCUCUGUCUCUCUCUCUCUCUCUCUCUACAAAACCCGCGGUUGCACCCUUUAGUUGGGUGGCAUCCGACUUCAGUGUUGCAUUUCCGUGCCCGUGAACUGCGCAGAUUCACAGAACCAACCUUUUCGUUUAUGUUUUACUAGACGGCAGUUGCAUAGUGAGAUUUAAAAUAUCUUGACCGAACUUGUCUAGAGGAUAAACUAAAUGUUUUUUUUUGUUUGUGUUUUUUUUUUAAUGAUUGUACAGAGUGGAUAUCUGUCACCGAUAAUCCAGAUGGAUUAGGCUGGCCUAACUGAAUACUGAAGUGCCAUAGUAGCAAGUUGAAACAAGCCAAGAGAGACAUCGCUGUAAGGACAUUAUUCAUACUAUCAGUAAUGGAUGAUCCUUAUUUAUUUUCUUACCAACGAAGGUCUUUGUUCCCUGCUACAGUCAAACUGCAGGAAGCCACAGGAGAAGUUGUCACCAGCCAAAUGCUCACACAGUCUUUGCCGCGGCCAGCGAGGUCCUGCUGGUAAAAUCUCAAAAGCGGUUGUUAGGUUUCUGGUUUUACGAGCCUGUGUGGGCUGUAGACAAAACAAGAUGUUCCCUGGCCUGAUGGGAUUCCUGUGAUGGAUGCUGAUAGUGUUGUUUUUUUUGUUUUUUUCCCCCUGUGACAACAUCCUGACUUCCACGGUGCAGUCAGCUCAAGCUCAAGCCCCUCAUCAGGACGGCACUCUACCAGCCUCACGAUAUCUCAGCAUCAACUCUCUCCUUUCUUUGACAUGUUCAACUUUCUGUUCUGUUUUUUCCUUGACACGUAAAUUACUUUAGAGAUUGCAGAAAAAAACUGUAUAGAAUCAUCUAAAUGAUUGUAUAGAGAGAUAUUAAGGUAAUUUUGAGGUAGAGCGCUGAUUUGAAUAGGCACGUCGAGUCGUUUCAAAAGGGCAUUACAUGGAUGAACUGAACAUUUCGGGACCACCGGCUCAGGAGUACAACAGCGACAGGUGUUAUAAAGCGUUUGGCCAGGAGAAUUUUGUUGAACAGGUAUUUUCUUGUUUUGCCCUCAAAAGCUUGUUUUACUUCUCAUUAAUUACCUGAGCAAUAAUCACGUGAUUGUUAUAUGAAUUUUAGGGGGCAAAGUCACUUUGAGAAUCAAGGCGAGAUGCUCUUGAACGCAGCCCUGCCCCGGCACUGUCCCAGCCGCUGUCCCAGGACCAUUUAACAGAACUACAUGGAACCUGUUGAUCCUUUAAUAUGUAGGCUAAGUAGGCUGCUCUCUCUUCAUCAGGGCAAGUAGGUGGAUGUUGUGGGUGUUAAUGUAACUGUGCCUGCUCCGCGCAGAGCUCAUGUAUGUAUAUGUAUGUAAGUAUGUAUGUAUACUGUACAGAAUAACUCUUUCUUUCACAAUCUCCCUGUGUGGGACGGAAUAGCUUACUCACAAAUACAGUUUUUUUUUUCCUGUUUUUGUUUAGUUUUUUUUUUUUGGGACAGGGAUUAAUUGUUCUUUGCAGUACUGUCUGAGAGGAGGAGGAGUCAUUUUAUGUAAAAAAAAAAAAAAAAAAAAAAUUAACUUAAAGGUUUUACAUGUGACUUGUCUUUUAAUUCCAGAGCUUUUAUGACACUUUUUUUUUUUUUUUUUUUAGCUUAAAUACAAACAGUGAGAUAGUAGGAGGGGGCGUGCAUGCAGACCACAAGCUGCAUGAUCAUUUUAUUUUAUGAUUAAUUUUUUUUUUUUUUUUAAUUUACCGGGACCUGUUGAGAACAACUACCUGCAUUUCAAAAAGGGAAAAAUCCCCCACAGGAGUGAUGCUCUGUCAGUGCACACGUUCCAGGAAAGCCCCAGUACACGUCGUUUUAUCUCUGUGGUUUUUUGAGAUUGUUGUGUCAAAAUCCCCGCUGAAAUCUGGCACCUGAAGGUUGCCCCGGCUGAUCAGUGCACAGGCCUCCAGACCUUUUCAGUAUUGCUGGGGUUCCCCGCUCUCUCCCACUGUGCCACUCUGCAUGAAGUGGAGGACGACGCUCUGAACAAGGGAACUGGUUAAAAAAAAAUUUAUCGCAUAUUUACACAUGGAUCCCAAACGAUUAAGAAAAGCCAUGUGGGUAGAUUUGUAUGUUUUUGACAGAGAGCAAAGCUACAUUUUAAGGUGUCUCAUGACUCGGUUCGCUUCUCUUCACUUUUGUUUUCUAUUUUACUACAGCUCAGGAUAAGAAAAAUGUUCCUCAUGAUGUUUUUGCAUAUGAAUAUACUGUAGUUAAGUUUUUUUUUUUUUUAUCGUUUUGAAAACUCGGCCACAACACUCACAAUUUUGGACUCAAACGCUCCAAACUCAACUGGAAGGAUUUCAAAUAGUCCUUAGUGAGAGGAGCCAAUCAGGAACAAGCCCACUUACGAUUACAUGUAUAAAAAUAAAGGAAAAUAAUGUUUUUAUUCCCAUCACAGUACCCCCUUCUUUAUGCGGUCACAUUUCCGCAGGUGGAGUUUGACAUGACGCUCUCCUCCAUGCAAACGGAGAACGAGAGCACAGCACACUUUGAACGAGAGGGAUUUCACGUCGGGGUUUAACCUUUCGUGCUAGUUUUUGGGGAGGUCACGUGUUUCUUGUCAUUCCAUAAAGAGUCUGCCUUAUUUCCAUAUUUUGAUUGUGAAAAGCAGUUGUAAAGCAAUGUGUUUUAUGACAAUUGAAUUAAAGUUUUUUAACUGGUGCAAUCUGGAAA